AUGACCGAGAAGGUCGAAAAGGACAAUAUUGGUGAAGUUGAAAGACCCGGACCUGCAGAGGAAGCCCCUUCAGAGGUUACGUUGUCAGACAGAAGCUCCGUUGAGCAUCCGUAUCGAUCAUUCUUAGAGGGUGCCAGCUUUGCUCGAUGCCAUACAACCGCCUUCACCUCAUGCGGAACGGAGACCUAUGCUCGCUCGCUUUUAAUGGCAGGGAAUGGAUUUCCAAUUUGGGACCCAGUCGGAGACACAGGCCGACCAAGUGCUCAUCUCAAGUCUGGGUUGAUGAUUGGAGACGUUGGGUAUCUGAGCGAUGAAGGGGAUUUCCAGUACCAUUUCAAUAUUUUUCUCCCUCCAAGUAGCGAAGUGCAUUUCAACGCACCCGCCAACUUGGAGCCACUCUUUCCUGCCCUACAGUCUAAAGAAAUUAAAACGGAAACAAAUUACUUCGCUCCCGGCACCGUGAUUGCUAGCACCGGAGUGGAAGUUACGCGUGUGCAAGAUGCUCUUAAUGCCAUUAUUAAGGGUAGGGAAUGUGGGAUUCUGGUUUUGCCCAACGGUGCAUAUCGGGAGGAUGUAAUUUCCACGACGCGAAUACGCGAUUAUGCUCAGAAGCACGCUUUGGACUGGUACAGGUUCCUCAAUGGCACCCGGGGUCAUGUAAUUUGCCCCAAUGGCUCGCUCUGUUUGGUCACUGGUUACGAUAAAGCUACUUCUUGGGCAACCUGUACUUCAAACCCACAGGGUCUCGCCGAAUCAGGAUCUGUGAUCACUGUUACAUAUGAAAACGGAGAAUUUCUUAGAAACCCUGAUGCGUAUCGAAAAUGCUCGCAGUCUGGUGAUGGCAGCGAAACGUGCGCUGUCUUUGUACGGGCAAUAAGGCUUGCUGUGAGCCUUCGCGAUUGGACAAAAAAAAUACUAUCCUACCAACCUCCUACGCGAAUCCUAUAUUACAAUAUGCUAAGCGGACCAGUUGUUGGGCUUCGUGCUCGUAUCCAUACUCUAAGGCUCAAGCAGUUCUUACCGAAAAGAAAAUCGGUCAAUGCCACACUUUGUAUAUUCCACCCGCUGGACGUCCUUCUACAUGUGCUUCUCAGGGAGUCCCAAAUUGCUGACGUUGCGACUUUAGAUGAUUCUGUGUGGUGUCACCUUACUGAUAAGAGUAACACCGAUCCACUGGUACAGACCUGGAACCUAUGGAUCAAGGUACUCGAAACGCACGAGAUCCAUAAUGCAGACGGGCUGGUAACGCUGGUGCCAGCUGAGAACGAUCACUCACAGGCCAAACCUUCAUUCUCUCCUAGCAGCCUUCUGUUUAAUUUGCCGUCUCGGAUACAGAGAGAAUAUAACAGGAUUCGACGACGCCGAGAGAUUGUCCGCAAGAUUUCAGCUGUUUUCCCCGGGCCUCCGUUACCCAAGGAUGUGCUAAUAGUGUCUUAG